CUGUAGGACAAAACUCGGGGAUUAAAAUACCUCAGUACACUUCCUGGUUUGGGUGGGUGGUUUUAUUGGCCCUGUGGCUGGCGUGUGUGAGACUGCUGCUGCAUUCCCGCUGUAGGUGUAACGUUUUUUUGGACAGAUAUCUGCCUGCUCUCUAGAGAUAGAUUUGUUUGGCUUUGUCUUCCAGCAACACCGCAUCCACGAUUAUCGCGAUGGACAAAGCUGCUGUCCUGACUCACACCCUGAAAUCCAAGGGCGUGGUAACGCUUCUUGGUGGAGAGCCGCCUGCCAGUGUGCUUUUCAGCAAUAAGUACAUACCCCCACUCACCUCUGCAGGUGACAGCUUUCCCUCACUUGACCACGCCAUCCGCGCUGGUUUGUCAGGCGACAACAUAGCUGUCACGCUCGUGGGUCCAGAAGGAUCAGGUAAAACCACCGGUCUGCAGCAGCUGGUUGUGGACUGGGCGAAGGGGGAACAUCUUCAGAGGUUUUCACACGUUUUCCACUUCCAGUUUACGGACAUAAAUCCUCUGGAAGGUGCGCUCCCUUUGGAGACUUUAGUCCAACACAAUUGUAUCCCUCUUGAUUACACACCUCUGGCUCUGCAGAAACCUGAGGAUGUGUUGUUUAUCUUUGAUGGGCUGGAUGAGUACAAACACAGCCUGGACCCGUCCGCCCACACCUUCGUCUCUGACCCGAGCCAGGCAGCCUCAGCGUCCUGCUUAGUGGCCAGUCUGCUUCACGGAUCACUGUUGAGAGGGGCUGCCGUUGUGGUGGCGACCAGGCCGACAGCAUGUCUGCAGUUUCUCAGUGGUACCGUUGUUGAAGCGUUGGGUUUUCUGAGGCCUCAACGCGAGGCCUACGUUAACAGCUUCUUCACUGAGCCUGCUGCUGCCAAACAGGCUCUGACACACAUGGAGAGGACUCUAGGCUUUUAUGAUUUCUGUUCCGCUCCAAGGUUUUGUUGGACAGUUUGUUCCGUCUACAAGUCUCUGAUUGACUCUGGGGAAAAACUUCCUGAAACUUUAUCCCAGCUGUUUGUAGAGAUCCUGGCCCGCCUGCUUCAGACACUGUCGCUGAACGAGGCCAGCAACAGAGACCUGGUGUUGGCCUUAGGCAGGAUGGCCUCUCACUUUCUGAACAACGAACAACAGCGAAGCUGCACCAAAGAGCAAAUGUACUCCUUUGGUUUUCAGCCAUUUCUUAAGGCAUUUGGUGUUUUCCUGCGAGUAGCUGGUGAGCUGGAUUCAGAUACAUGUGUCUUCUCCUUCCACUCCCGGAUGAUGCAGGACUUUGUCCUGGCCGUGUCCUUCUUUUUGGAAAAGUCUGCAUUUGGCCCCAUGGAGGAGAUGCUGGAAGGCGGUGCAAAGCCCGUAGAUCUCUUCUUGUCGGGGCUUUCAGAGCCAGUUCAGCGCAGACCCCUGGAGAUCCUGCUGGGGGAGUUCAGCUCUGAGCAGAUCGGCUGCUUCAAGAGCUGGUUUAAAAGCAGCUCGGAGGCCACGCUUCAGGGCUUCUACAAAGACAAGCACCACAGAUGCUUCCAUCUGCUUCACCAGGCUCAAAGUGAGAGUUUGGUGAAAGAAAUCAUCAGUCCAUCAGCGCGAUUAGGCAUCAGCUAUGGCGACCUGAGCCUCCAGGACUGCGUAGCGCUCGCUUAUGUUGUCACGUGCCUCGGCGAGUUGGAGUGUCUGAAUCUGUACCUUACAAGAAAUCUGACGGCGGAGCAGGCGGAAGCCCUGGCUCCAGCCAUGCGACUGUCACACAAGAUAAACUUGAAUGACAGCACCCUGAGCACCGAGGCUGUCCCUCAUCUGGCUUCAGCUCUCAGCAGAGGCGUCACCGCCGACCUGGACCUCUCCGCUUCCCGCCUUGGAGAUGAAAAGUUAAAGAUUCUCUGCUCUGGACUCAAAGACUCCAAGCUGCACAAAUUGAACCUGAAGUUAUGCAGUCUGACGGAGGCAGGCUGUGAGGACCUGGUAUCGGUCCUGACCUCAGACACCUCUCGUCUGCGCGUGUUGGACAUCGCGGCGAAUAAGAUCGGGGAUCAGGGCUUUGCGAAACUGUGCAAAGCCCUGCAUAGUCCUCACUGCAAGCUGCACGAGCUCCUGACUGAAAACUGCGACCUGGCUGCCCCGUCCAUGGAGGCUUUAUCGGCAGCUUUGUGUUCCGGUCAGUCAGAGCUGAGAAAAGUAAACCUGACACACAACAUGAUUGGUGACAGCGGAGUGGAGGCUUUGUGCAAAUCCCUGCAACACCCACUCUGUAAACUGCAAAGCGUCAAAUUCUUUGAUAGUGACCUGACAGGUAGUUGCUGCCCUCAUCUGAGGGAAGCCUUGACGUCAGAGCACUGCUCCCUGACAGAGCUGGAUCUGUCAGUGAACGAACUGGGCCAGGAGGGGGCACUUCUGCUCUGCCAGUCCCUGAGUGGAGCCCGCUGCCCUUUAGAAAAACUCCACCUGACACGAUGCAGCCUGACUCUGCCGGUGUUCAAGGAGCUGGGCUCGCUGCUGAAAAGUGGAACCUGUCGACUGAAGUCCCUGACUGUAGGUAUAAAUAAAGUAGGAGACCGCGGGGUUAAACAUCUUUGGGAUGCAGUUGCACAUCCGAACUGCUCGUUGGAGGAACUGGAUGUUGAAAUGACCGGCCUGACAGACGCCUGCGUUGCAGACUUGUGCGCUGCCGUGAGAGCAAGCAAGACUUUGAAGAGCCUUGAGCUGAGAAACAACUCGUUGACGGAUGCUUCCGUCCCAGCUCUUAUCCAAAUCAUGCACGACAGCGCAAACAUGCAGGAAAUGAACCUGAGGUACAACGAGUUCAGCGAGGACGUUUUCGACAUGCUGGAUGAGUGUGAUAAAAUAAAAUACUGAGGAAGGCCGACGAGUCCAUCGUGUGCUGUGGGACCACAUGCUGCACUGAUCAAGUAUUACAGUUAAAGACGGAUUCAUCAAAUAAGCAGUUUGAUCAAUCCAGUUUCAUUUCAUUUUUAGUUUUCUUGCUGUUUUGUGACAUUUUACUCUGUACCAGCCGCACAUGCCUGCAACUUUUUCAUUAAAAUAAACUUGACUUUCUACAUCAGA